AUUCCUUCGUGUCUUACUCAUUGGUAGGAAGAUGUUUGGUCCAAAUCAGACGUUGGGUACUAUAUUCAUUGAAUAUUAUCUGAAUUCUAUAAAUUAAAAUGGUCAAUUUGAGUGCAAUCAAUUAGCAUAAUUUCUCAGAGAUCAAAUUAUAUUUAAACAAAAUCAUGCUUCAGGAAUGCUAAUCCUAACUACAGAAAUUAUUUCCGAACAAUCUGAGAUUGCGGGGGUCGAAAUCCUCUUUUUUGUGUUUUUUGAGGUGGAACAACCCGUAGAUUAUUGAAUAUAAGGAUAAGGAUUUUUUGUUGGGCGAUCCACUUUCAAAUGCUUAUCAAUUAAUGGGCCAUUGGCUCCAGCACAUGACAGGCUGGGUUCGAUUUGUCCCUGGGAAAUUCCAUGAUGGCCGCUUCUCCUUCAUCCUGCGACCAUCAAGAGGACUGGGGCGAAGAGAUGAUGGAGUUGAACAAGGAUUUAGAGAGAAUGAUUGAAGACGUGGAAAAUAUAUCAGUACAGCUGACGUGGAUGGCCUAUGACAUGGUGGUGCAGCGAACCAGUCCUGAUCUGGGGGACUCCAUUCGUCGGCUGGAGGAAGAGUUUCUCCGCUGCAGGGCUGUCAUCUGUGGCUCCCCUGGGGAACAGGAGCCGAACCAGGGGCAGGGAAAGGACCAGGGGAUGGGAUAGGAACCCGGGACAGGGGCAGGGAAAUGACCAGGGGAUGGGAUAGGAACCGGGACAGGGGCUGAACCAGGGGCAGGGAAAUGACCAGGGGAUGGGAUAGGAACUGGGACAGGGGCAGGGAAAGGACCAGAGGAUGGGAUAAGAACUGGGACAGGGGCAGGAAAAGGACCAGGGGAUGGGAUAGGAACUGGGACAGGAGCUGAACCAGGGGCAGGAAAAGGACCAGGGGAGGGGAUGGGAUAGGAACUGGGACAGGGGCUGAACCAGGGGCAGGAAAAGGACUAGGGGAUGGGAUAGGAACUGGGACAGGGGCUGAACCAGGGGCAGGAAAAGGACCAGGGGAUGGGAUAGGAACUGGGACAGGGGCAGGGAAAGGACCAGGGGAUGGGAUAGGAACUGGGACAGGGGCAGGGAAAAGACCAGGGGAUGGGAUAGGAACUAGGACAGGGGCAGGGAUAGGAACUAGGACAGGGGCAGGGAUAGGAACUGGGACAGGGGCAGGGAUAGGAACUGGGACAGGGGCUGGGAUAGGAACUGGGACAGGGGCUGGGAUAGGAACUGGGACAGGGGCUGAACCAAGUUAUGUGGAUGAAGUGUCCUAGACCUGUACAUACCACCCCCAUCCCACUGACAGAUGUGAUUGGCAAUGAUUCACCAGGAUUAUCUGAUGUUCUGAAAUGGACCUGAAUCCAAAGAUAGUAGCCUGCGUCCUAUCCUGUAUGCUUGUCUACAAUGUUGUUGCAGUUAUAUGUAGACUAGUCUCAUCUCUAGCAGCAACCACUGCCCCACAAUGCAUGCUGUCUAAGCUGAGCAGCAGGCUGUUGUAUGGUGCUGUUGUAUGUAGGUUAUUGUUUUGUGUUAUGUACCUUUGGACAGGGUGUUCAAUUAGCUUUAGUGUUGUGUUCUGAAUUUGUGGUUUGGUCAAGUAAUAAGAUAAACUUGAAUAGCGAA